AUGGAUCAGCAGGGUCAACGCGGUCGCUCACCGUCUGCCGGGCAUCAACAGCCUCAUAUAAGACAUCCUUCGCAUUCUCCGUCUCCGAAUCCGUUCCAGCCCAAUACCGAAGUAGCUUCAAUUGGUCUCGGUCUCGGCUUGGAUCAGUCUGCUACCCACGCCUUCAACGGAGCCGCCUCCGCCGACUUCUCCAGCUUCAAUAACAGCAACAACUUCCUCAACGGCCAGCAAUCCGCUCAGCAGUCUUACAACCAGUCCACAGCUACCUUUGCCAACCAGAACCAAGCCGGCUUCCUCGAUCCCACUUUCCCCUCGGGCGACUUCGCCCUGUUCCCCAACUCGGGCCAGAACGAUCAGCAGUUCAACACCGGUGUCUUCGACCAGAGCCUUAACCCGGGUGAUAUGAACAACAUGGCUAUGCCUCAGAGUCACCACUCUCCGACACCUCCCCACCUUCUCAACCCGGACCCCCACCAGACUCCCUCCGCUCACCAGUCUCCUGCCUUCAAUCAGCACCAGUUCUCGUCGCCGCCCUCGGGCGCGGGUCACUCUAGACAUGCGUCCCUUGGCCCCGAGGCGGCUCUCUUGCCGAACCAACUGAAUGAAUGGAGCCAGCCUCAGUUUCGAGGCCACCGGAGAUCUCCUUCCGAAUACUCGGACGUCUCGUCCGCCGCCCCCUCACCGAACCUCGUGAGCGCCGACACCUUUGACGCAAUCGACCAACGUCAUUCGCCAAUGCAGCGACCCCAAGAUGCCGGCCUCUACCAGCAGAUCCAAGGAUUCGACAACUUCACCAUUUCGGACCCCGCGCUUAGCAGUCCGAACCUUCAGGGCCGGAGCCCGUCGCACAGCCCGGCCAUCUCCCCGCGCAUCCUCCCCCAGUCCAUGCCCGAGUUGAACCAGCCUCCCAACUUCGGUCUGGGGAAUCAAAAUGCCGGCUUCGUCAGUAGUGCUGGCUACACCGGGCAAGAAGCGUUCCCGACCCUACAACAACCGGAGAUGCCCCAAGUAGCGCCAGCCAUUAACAUCGAGUUUGCGCCCACAGCCAGACAGAACAAUUUUGAGCCGCCCAAGAAUCAGAUGGAUCAAGAUUCUUUGACUCCGCCAGAGCGAGGCCGGCCGCGAUCUAGACCCCGCGCAGUAACGGACCCCUUCAACAGUUCUGGUGCAGGUAUGGUGCGCCAAACCUCUGCCGGCAGCUUGUCGCCACAUUUAGGAUCUGAUCUUUCUGGCCGAGACUCUUCUUCACGAUCACUUUCCCCGCUGGACCGGGGGGCUGUGAGCCCUAGUCGCAGACGACAAUCUACCUCGGCCGUACCGAACAAUGUCAUUGCUCUCAGAUUGGCGGACCCUGAGUAUCAGAAUGCCCAGGAUAACGGAAACUCGAAACGUGUGCAGAAGCAUCCCGCGACAUUUCAGUGCACUCUAUGCCCCAAGCGCUUCACUAGAGCAUACAACCUCCGAUCUCACUUGCGAACGCAUACAGACGAGCGUCCAUUUGUCUGUACAGUCUGUGGAAAGGCUUUUGCUCGUCAACACGACCGCAAGAGACACGAGGGUUUGCAUUCUGGAGAAAAGAAGUUUGUCUGCAAGGGCGACCUCAAAGCCGGCGGCCAGUGGGGCUGUGGUCGAAGAUUUGCGCGUGCCGAUGCGCUUGGUCGACAUUUUCGAUCAGAGGCGGGACGAAUCUGUAUUAAGCCGUUGCUAGACGAAGAAAUGCUCGACCGGCAACGCGCGUGGCAGGAGCAGCGGAUGCAACAACAAAACAUGCAAAACAUGGCCGCACAGGGUAUGGGCAUGGAGCCAGGCUAUCCUAUGGACGCCAGCGGGCAGUACAUGCUGCCGGCAGCUCUGUUGGCCCAAUACCCCGCGCUGGCCCAGAUGAACUGGUCAACGCAAGACGCGAGCAGCGGUCUCGAAGACGAUAUAUCAGGUCGUUCGUCAUUUGAUGCCAGCGACUACGAAGGCGACGAUGGUGGGUAUGUCAGCGGUCCCGGUACAGGGUUUGGAGAGGGCGGCAUGGGCCAAAACUUUGGAGAAGUCGGAUAUGCCAGUGACUACGGCGGCCGGUAG